AUGGAAGGAGAAUUGAGGGUGCGGAAGCGCGAUGGCCGCUUGCAGAACUUUGAUACAAAAAAGGUCUUUGCGCGGAUCGAGCGCGUGUCCCAUGGGUUGGACUCGAGGUACGUUGACUUGAAGUCCCUGACGGAGACGGUGGAGAGCGGCGUGCACGAUGAAAUCUCCACUACGAACCUGGACAAACUCAUCGCUGAGACCGCAGCCUACUCGGUAACAAAGCACCCAGAUUAUAGCCUUCUCGGCGGUCGUCUCUGCGUGACGGGGCUGCACAAAACGACCAAGGCGUCCGUGCUGGAGACGUUUUCUAUCCUCCACGAUCAUAAAAUUCAUGGUACGGGCCGGCCAGCACCUCUGAUAUCGGAGGAACUGUGGGAACUCGUUCAAAAGCACCAUGAGCAGCUUCAGGGUAUUGUGGAUUAUGAACGAGACUUACGAUUUGAGUUCUUUGGCUAUAAAACGCUCGAACGGUCCUACCUCCUGCGUGCGCAGCGGGGGCAUGGUGAGAGUGAAGUGGUGGAGCGGCCACAGCACUUGUUUCUGCGUGUGGCCCUUGGUAUUCACGGUGACGAUCUGGAGCGCGUGAAGGAGACGUAUGAUCAUAUGUCUCUUGGAGACUUCACCCAUGCCACGCCGACGCUGUUCAACGCCGGAACGCCUUGCCCGCAAAUGAGUUCCUGCUUCCUUGUUGCAAUGCGUGAAGACAGUAUUGAGGGGAUCUAUGACACUUUGAAACAAUGUGCCGUUAUAAGUAAGUCCGCUGGCGGGAUUGGCGUCCACGUGCACAAUAUCCGUUGCCGGGGCAGUUACAUUGCAGGGACAAAUGGCAUGUCCAACGGACUUGUGCCGAUGCUGCGUGUUUGGAACAACACAGCGCGCUACGUGGACCAAGGGGGUGGCAAGCGGAAGGGUGCCUUCGCCAUCUACUUGGAGCCGUGGCAUGCUGAUAUUUUUAACUUCCUCCUUCUUAAGAAAAACACGGGGAAGGAGGACCAGCGCGCGCGAGAUUUGUUCUACGCUCUCUGGAUCCCUGACCUCUUCAUGGAGCGUGUGAAGAGCGGUGGUACGUGGACACUGAUGGACCCCCACACGGCGCCAGGGCUGAGUGACUGCUACGGGAAAGAUUUUGAGGCGUUGUACGAAAGGUACGAAAAGGAAAACCGUGGUGUGAAGGUUGUUCAGGCUCAGUCAGUGUGGUUUGCCAUACUCGAGCUACAGAUAGAAACAGGUGUGCCUUUUAUGCUCUACAAAGACGCAUGCAACCGCAAAUCGAAUCAAAAGAAUGCUGGGGUCAUAAAGUGCUCGAACCUUUGUACGGAGAUUAUAGAGUAUACCUCCGAGAAGGAGGUUGCUGUGUGCAACCUUGCCUCCAUUGCUCUCCCACGCUUUGUGGAUCAGGAGAGGCGCAGCUUUGAUCACCAACGGUUGUACGAAGUCGCGAAGAUUGUGACGAGAAACCUCAAUCGUGUUAUUGAUCGUAACUACUAUCCUGUACCAGAGGCGAAAGAAAGCAACAAGCGCCAUCGGCCGAUUGGAAUUGGCGUGCAGGGAAUGGCGGACGCAUUUAUCUUGAUGCGGCUACCUUUCACCGGUAAGGAAGCCAGGGCUCUGAAUGAGGAAAUUUUUGAGACAAUAUACUACGGUGCUGUGGAGGCAAGCGUGGAACUCGCAGAGGUGGAUGGACCAUAUGAGACGUUUGCGGGCAGUCCCGCAUCGCUGGGACUGCUGCAGUUUGAUCUCUGGGAGAAGAAGCCACGAAGUGGACGCUGGGAUUGGGCUGCACUGAAGCAGCGAGUGAAGGAAACUGGGAUGCGGAAUUCGCUACUGUUGGCACCCAUGCCAACUGCCUCCACCUCGCAGAUUCUUGGAAACAACGAGUGCUUUGAGCCCUUCACCUCAAAUAUCUACGUGCGCCGCGUGCUGAGCGGCGAGUUCCCUGUGGUUAACAAAUACCUUGUGAUGGAUCUCAUCGAGCUGGGGUUGUGGGACGAUGAGAUGCGCAACCAGAUCAUUGCCCACAAUGGCUCGGUGCAAAACAUCAAGGGCAUUCCACCUGUACUAAAGGAGCUCUACCGUGUUGUGUGGGAGUUGCGGCAGAGGGACCUCAUUGAAAUGGCUGCGGACCGCGGCAAGUACGUUGACCAGAGCCAGAGCCUGAACUUGUUUUUGGAAAAUCCAACCUCCAGCCAACUGACUUCCAUGCACUUUUUUGCGUGGGAACAGGGCCUCAAGACGGGUAUGUACUACUUGCGGAGCAAACCGGCGGCCGACGCGAUCAAAUUCACCGUGGAUCCAAAAACCUUGAAGGGCAUAAAGGAGGAGAGUCAGGCACAGUCAUCCUCUUCGGCACUGACUAAUGGAGAGUGUUUGAACUGUGGCGCGUGA